AAAAACUGCUGCUGUAUUUCAUGUAUAAUUACAAGACCAGAUGAUCGGUAAGUAGGGUCAAGUUUUUUGUGUUUUUCAGAACACCAGAAACAACCUAAUGAAACACCUGCCAAAUAUGAACCAACCGACCAGCCAGAAACAAAACUUACUCCAAGCAGAGUCAAUAAGGGAGAAAAGCCAGACACCUUCAAGUUCAUUCCUAUAUUUAUUGAUUUUACCUGGAAGCUGGAAGUAUUGGAUAGCAUAUACACAAGAUUAGCAUGAGAGAGAGACUACACAGCAGUGUGUGUGUAACUGGGAGAAAAAGGUGCUAUGACUGAUUAAACAUUUAAUCAUUACCAUCUAUGAUUUGCAGAGAUUAACAAAACUAAGAUAACCCAUUACUGCAUAGAACUUUCACUGUUUUGUUUUGGGGCCUGGGCAAUAUAUAUAUAUGCACUAGCUUUCCAAUUAGCUGGAUAAAUAUAACAUAUAAUAAAUAAAUAUAACACAGUAUAUGUGGUUCUCCCCGUAUAUUCAACUGAGUAAUUCAACAAGUAGCCCUUUCACAAUCACAAAUAUUAAACCUUUGCUUCAAUUUUAUACAUUAAAGCAAAGAUAAGUGUCUCUUCCAGCCACCCCACUCCCAGCUUUCCCUUUGUGAAAUAGGAGAGAAGCCUGAUUUUUUGAGUGUCCUUUCUGCAACCAUUCAAAUCACUAAUCACACUGUGGCAGCGACAUCAUUCACAUUAGGUGAGGAGACAGAGAAGAAACAUACAUGCGCUGCCCCUCGCUACUUUUAAUUAGAUCUGAACUAGCAGAUUUUAAACCUUCCUUUGUUCAAGUUUGGAAAAUGGCGACGAACGUCAGGGAGGCGGGGGGAAGCAUCUGUCGGGGAACCCGAUUGGCCAUAUUUCGCCGCAGAUUCCUACUAGAAAUGGCAGGGGGGAGGGGGAAGCUUUACUAAGCCACAGAAUAGCACACACCCCCACGGGGAACCGCGUUAUCGAAAGAUUUUAUCAGAAGGGAAACUAUUCAAAAGACGAAUAGAAAAGAUAUUGUAAAGAGAUUCCUAAUUUAACCAGCAAGACGUUGAGAGCCCCAGCAGUGUCAGGAAACGUGGGCUUCUAAAGCAGUUAUAAUGAUUACUGCUAGCCCUUAGCACUGAGUCUCCUAGUCCUAAAGCUAUAAAACAACAACAACAACACGUUGGAAUGUUUUGCCUGCCUAACGCUGUCCCCCCACCCCCAACCGCCGCAUGCAUAGACAGUGAAGACCUUGGGAGGAGGGAAGGUGCAAAUAACCCGCCCUUUUUCCUCUGCAGUUCUCAAUCAGGUCGUACUCCAGGCAAUAUACAGAGACGUUCACCCACACUCGCUACACAGCUGUCUUUGCAGCUCUAGUAAAGAUGUCUGGUCGUGGUAAGGGAGGCAAGGGUCUCGGAAAAGGAGGCGCUAAGCGCCAUAGGAAGGUGUUGAGGGAUAAUAUCCAGGGUAUUACAAAACCCGCUAUUCGUCGUUUGGCUCGUCGUGGGGGAGUGAAGCGUAUUUCAGGUCUCAUUUACGAGGAGACUCGCGGGGUGCUGAAAGUGUUUCUGGAGAAUGUGAUCCGAGAUGCUGUCACUUACACCGAGCAUGCGAAGCGGAAGACUGUGACUGCUAUGGACGUUGUUUAUGCGUUGAAACGCCAGGGUCGUACUCUGUACGGAUUUGGAGGCUAAGCUGUGCUACUAAUUUUCUUCCAAAACAUCUAUAACCCAAAGGCUCUUUUCAGAGCCACCCACGCUUUCAUGAAAAGAGCUGUUAUGCGUGCAUCUUUCUCUUUUGGCGUAAAAGCCCGAUAAAGGGAGAGGAGAGCUUGUACUUUAGUUUAUAUCUAAUCGAGCCAAUUAUCUGUACUGUGCGAAAUGAAAUUUUAUAGAACG